AUGCAAAAAGCUUCAUCUUCGAAGGAUUCUGAUAUCAUCUCUCUUGGACCUAAAAUAAAUGAACUGGAAGCUAAGGUAAGUAAUCUGAAAGAUGAACUAAAUCAAAUCAUUUCGCAACCACAUCAGUCAACUAAUAAUUUAAAAAUAGAUAUUAUAGAAGCGAAUCCAGUUUCAUUAUCCAGCGAUUAUAAGCAUGAUGAAGUAAUAGAAGAGGUAUCCCAUUUUUCUUUACAUUGUUCAGAGCCUAAUCCUGAUGAAAGCAAAGAAAGCGGGUAA